AGACGCGGUGACGCGAUGCGACGCGCGGCGUGGCGUCGCGCGGACGGAGUGACGUCGAUCGGUCUGGCGACGAGGAACGCGGGAGAGGGGCCGUGGAGGAGCUGUGGCGCCGGCGACAGACCUGGACGAUUGAGGCAGAAACGUCACAAGAUGGCCAAUGUGCUCCGUAGCAGAGCCAGGCUAGUGACGUAUCUACCAGGGAUUCAUAUAUUGGUCAGGAGGAUCGCCAGCGCGAGAACAUUUUCCACAGCAGGCUCUUCUGGAUCCGACGAGUCCUAUGUUCCCAUGAUACCACCCGAUCAAGGUCUUCGGACUGUAUGGCCCGAUGAAAAGAUGGGGCCAUUUGGGCCUCAGGACAAGAGGUUUCAGCUGCCGGGUAACGUCGGGUUUGAUUGCCAUUUAAAUGGCACCAGUUUUCAGAAGAGGAACCCACUGCACAAAACCCUCCCAGAUGUUCUAGGAGCCCCGUUAUCCAGUGAGAAGCACGAGUUCAUUCUUGCACAAUUUGUUAACGAAUUUCAGGGAAAUGAAGUUGAACUUCAACCACAGCAAAUAACCAAUGCGGAAACUUACUUUGAGAAUGCAGUUGUGGAGUGUGCAAUACAGACCUGCCCAGAACUGCUACGUAAAGAUUUUCAAUCGAUGUUUCCUGAGGCUCCAGUAGCUGGACUCACGGUGCUCACUGUUACCCAAAGGACCAUCAAUGAUAUGACUGUGUGGAGUGAGGACGUAGAAGAAGAACGAGAAGUACUACUGGAGAAAUUUAUUAAUGGUGCCAAGGAGAUCUGCUAUGCCCUGCGCUCAGAGGGCUACUGGGCUGACUUCAUUGAUCCUUCCUCAGGUGUCGCCUAUUUCGGAUCCUACACAAAUAAGACACUCUUUGAAACAGAUGAACGCUACCAGCACUUGGGCUUUUGCAUUGAGGAUCUUGGCUGCUGUAAAGUUAUUCAACACAUGCUUUGGGGAGCCCACGCAUUUGUGGGAAGUCUCUUCACAGAUGCACCUACAGAUUGCCUCAUAAUUAAAAAGCUACAAGGGGAUGAAAAGCUGCCUUGAUUUCAGCCUCUGUAUUUUGCACUCGCCUGGAAGACUGAAAGCAAAGAACUCUAUUGAUGUGUUCUGGUUAUUCACACGUGUAGUUUUAAAAAAGAGAGAGAGACGGUUGCUACAACAUCAUUAGCAGUGAUAUUUAUUUUAGUUUAAACUUAUUGAUGCUGGAAAAAGGUUAUGAUCAGAAAAAAAGCCUCGAGGUGAACAAUAACCUAUUUAUAUAUUCUAUUGAAAGGAAUUGGGAAUGAAGUAUCUGAUCAGUAGACGCCCCAAGAUAAUUUUGGAAGGGUUCUUUGAUGGCAGUUGACUCUUAAUUUGUCGUUUGGUGCUGCUCCCAGUGAGGCAGCUGUCUGUAUCUUUUGAAGAGAUAAUAAAAUGCUUUUUCUAAAAUUCA